UUCUCACUAUGUCUAAAAUUUACAUUUACACCGGGUCAAGGUCAGGUGAAUGUCGCCGAUUUAGAAAAGUAACAGGAUCAAAUUGCCAUUAUGGCGUUGAAUAUAUUGAAUACAGCUUCAAAGCGAUUGACAACGACAAUUGCUUUCUCAAAAUGUGGUCCAGUUGUGAGCAGUUCUCUGUUUCAUACCAGUCAGCCAACAAACAGCAGGCCAAAGUCACCAUUACCUGAUCCAAAAAAGGAACUCAUAAAUCACAGUAAAAUUAGAGGCAUUGACAUCUUGCGAGACCCUAGGCUUAAUAAGGGCCAGGCUUUUACUCUGCGUGAGCGUCAGUUGAUGGGUAUACAUGGCCUCCUACCACCAAUUGUCAUCAAUCAAGAAAGGCAACUUGAACGUGUCAUAGAGAACUUUCGAAAACGCCCCACUGAUGUUGAUAAGUACAUCUAUUUGAUGGCUUUGUAUGACAGGAAUGAGCGCUUGUUCUACCGGUCACUUUGUGAACAUGUAGAAGAAAUGAUGCCCAUUGUUUAUACGCCAACAGUCGGGCAGGUGUGUCAGCAGUAUGGUCUUAUAUACAGAAGACCAAGAGGGUUGUUUCUCUCCAUAAAUGACAAGGGACAUUUAUAUGAAAUGAUUUGUAACUGGCCAGAGAACAAUGUCAAGGCAAUUGUUGUAACAGAUGGAGAAAGAAUUCUAGGACUUGGAGAUUUAGGUGUGAAUGGAAUGGGUAUCCCAGUAGGAAAGUUGUCCCUGUACACAGCUCUCGGUGGUAUACCACCAAUUCAGACGCUACCAGUCAUGUUGGAUGUAGGAACCAAUAAUAAGACUUUAUUGGAAGACAGCCUUUACAUCGGAAGACAAAAGCCUCGUGUAACUGGAGAAGAAUAUGAUGAAUUCAUUGAUGAAUUCGUCGAAGCGGUUGUUAGAAGAUAUGGGCAGACAACUCUGAUACAGUUUGAAGACUUUGGUAACAACAAUGCAUUCACUCUGUUGGAAAAGUACAGACAUAAAUACUGUGUGUUCAAUGACGAUAUUCAAGGCACAGCCUCUGUUGCAGCAGCUGGUAUUUUUGCUUCUUUGAGAAUCACUGGCAAGAAACUGUCAGACAAUGUGUUUGUCAUGCAGGGAGCUGGCGAAGCCAAUAUUGGUAUUGCCAACUUGAUCUCAUUGGCUAUGGAAGCAGAAGGUACACCAAUAGAGGAGGCCCGCAGCAAGAUUUGGAUGGUUGAUUCCAAAGGUCUUAUUGUUAACAACAGGCCAAAGGGAGGAGUUUCGGGUCAUAAGAAAGAUUUCGCCAAGGAUUUUAAACCAAUAGAUAAACUAGAAGAUGUUGUCAAGGAGAUUAAACCAACAGCAUUAAUAGGUGCAGCUGCCGUGCCUGGAGCAUUUACAGAGACUAUUCUGCGAGACAUGGCAUCGUUUAAUGAGAGACCAAUCAUCUUUGCUCUCUCUAAUCCAACAAGUAUGGCAGAAUGUACAGCGGAAGAGGCUUACAAUAUCACUGAGGGACGUUGUGUGUUUGCAAGUGGCAGUCCAUUUGACCCAGUCACAGUGAAUGGACAAAAGUUUUACCCUGGUCAGGGUAACAAUGCGUACAUCUUCCCAGGGGUUGCACUAGGUCUAAUAGCCUUCCAAGUUAGGCAUAUUCCAGAAUCUAUCUUCUUGAAAGCUGCACAGACAUGUGCAAGCCUUGUAACAGAUCAACAUCUUGCAGAAGGUCGUGUUUACCCACCACUGAGCCAAAUCCAAGAGGUCUCUCAUAAGAUAGCAACAGAACUCGGAGAGUAUGUUUACGAAAAAGAACUCGCCUCAUUGUACCCGGAACCGGAGGAUAAAAAAGCUCAUAUAUGGGAUCAGAUGUACUCAACAGCUUAUGAAUCGUUCGAGCCCGAAGUGUGGGACUGGCCAGAGUAAUUUAACAUACAGGACUAUUUUUUUUUUUCACAUAAUACGAGCUGUUAGUAAGGCUUUAUUCUUAUUUGUUAUUGAAAGUUUGUAUAUUUUUGGAAUGGAUUAUUAAUUUUUGUAAAAAUGAUACCAUAUUUUCAUAUAGGAUUUUAGACAAUACACAGUGUCUUUUAGGAUUUAAAAUAUUGCACAAUGUUUGAUACUUAUGACUUGAGACUUUAUUGGGGAUUGAUAUUGUUAUAUACCUUAAGUAAGGUUGGAUCAUGUUGAUGAACAAACAAAAAUAUUUAUUUUACAAAAAAAACUUAAUAUUUUGUGGUCAAUUUUGUAAGUCCUAUUUUUUCAUAGGCUAUUUAGAAAUAUUUUUAUUGGUAUAAACAAAUUUCUAUAUUUGAUGUUGACACAAAAAUUUAUGACAUCCCUGCAUUAAUCAUGGUCAUUCAUAAGAUUUUUACUUUAUAUAGAGAUUACAAGUGUCUGUGCACUUAGUUUAAUUUGAUAGUCAUUUAUGGUUAGUUUACAGUUUAUUGAAGUUUUUGAUACAUUUUGCUUUUAAAAUGCCAACAAGUAUAUAGACAUUAGAUUAUAACACAAGUGUGAAGCUAUCCUUGUUUCUUAUAUAGGUAUCAGGUGCGAACAUUAAGAAAAAUUGUAAAUAGAUUUAGUGUAGCAUGAAGAAAGGCUUGUUUCAAUAAUGUUAAAGGGACUCCACUGUGGUUUUCAUUUUUACAUGAUGAAACUGAGUUAAUUAUUUCCGAGAUUUGUGUACUAUUAGAUAUAGGUCUGGACCUAAAGCUUGUGCAAAAAUAUUUCAGAUCAUUUGAUUAUUCCGCCUUUUUUUAUAAAAAUAAUUUAAAUUGUCCUAAAUGACAAAAAGAAAAGAAUAACAAUGCUUUUAAUUCAAAGCCAUAUAUGGCAUAAAACAUUAAUUUGUUUAUUAUAAUUUUUAUUGUCUUCUGCAUAUUUUCCAUAUUAUUUGCACCAGUUGAACCAUGUAAAAAUUUUAUGUUUUUAGACUUUCGGACCUUGGUGGAGCUCCUUUUAAGGGAUAUGUGUGUGAAUGAUAAAUUUUGUACUUCAAUUUUAGUGACUAUGUUGGACAGUUGACUGCCAAAUAAUAGCUCAAAGAUUUUGUUAGUGUUGUAUUACUAUUAUAAUUGGCAAUAAUAUCAUUUUAACAUCAUAACGAAACAAGCUUGUGUCUAAAUAUAAUAUGUCAUUUGAUGGAUGUCUUUGGCUAGGUGUACAUGUGUUAAAUACAUGAUAUCAUAUUGUUGAUGUUUUCUUUUUAAUUAACUGAAAAAGAUGUAAUGUUUAGCGCAUCUGUUUUGAAGAAAUAGUCCAGCUACUAUCAUUGUUGUCUAGUUAUAAUCAUGCAAAAUGUUUACUGUAGCCCAUUAUUCAAACAUUUCAAAAGUAAUCAACAAUGAAACUUAGAAUACUUGCUUAUCUUGUUAAACAAGGGGCAUAAUUCUAAAAAAAAUCAGUGUUUAAUUUUGGUGGUAUGUCCCUUUUUAACUUAGAAUUUUUAACAGAUGAGUGUUAACACGGCAUGUGGUUUUCUUGUUUGAGAGUAAGAGAUGUAUGUUCUUAAGCUUAAAGUUUGACUUUGUUUUAUUGAUAAUAAGUUAAAUAUGUUCCAACAUAUUUCUUUUGUAGCAUUGAAAGUUUUUGCCAACUUCUAAAAGAAAGUAUGGGAUGCACACUUACACUUUGUAAAUUCUAAGAAGUAAAUCUUGCUUUCUUCAUAAUUAAAUUAAUUCUUGGAUGUCCUGCAGUUGUAAUUUAAAACUGAACGGAAAGUUAAUUAAAUGCCUUAGAAUAGUUAAGACAAUUUUUCCUUUUCAGUCUGUUGUCUACUAGCAUUUCUUUAAUGUAUUAUUAUGUGUUAAACCAGUAUUGCUUCAACCUAUGUUUUGUAUGUUUAUUCAGUAGUAGCCAUUUUAGUUGUAGCUGUCUAUUGUUAUGUCAAACCUUAUUACUAAGUUUAUGAUUAAAAUUUUUCAUCAUUUUCACUUUUUAUUGAAAUUUUGUUUGAUAUUUUUCACCAGACUUGUCAGUAACAAGUCAUUUGUUUAAUAUAGAAUAUAUAUAAAGAAUGAUUUAAUCAUUUUAAAACAAGCAUUUUAAGACUAUAAGAAUUACUGUCCAAAAUCAAAUGCCAAAGUUUUUGACAUUUAAUAUUUGUUUUUGAUAAUUUGCCAUCCGUCGCAUAAUAAUGUGUGGUUUGAGUAAGUAUACCUUGCCACUUGUAAAGGCAAAAUGUACAAAAAUAUGAACAAACAAUAUAAGUACCAUGUUUUUUUUAAAUUUUUAUACCUUGCCACACAAAUCAUAUACAUUGAAUGAACAAAUCAGCCUCAAUAGGUUAUAAUAUAAGAGAUGAGAAAUUACUUUUUACCUAGUUUAUUUCUAGGGUUGACAACAAAACAGUUGUAAGGCCUUCUUUAUUUCAUGUAAAUUACUACAGUUUUGCUGUCGCCGCAACUACAGUUUUGCUGUCAACUGUCAGUUUGGUUAAGCAAUCAAACCAAUAAAACAAAACAAAUUUUUCAGUAUAAGAGAAUUGUAUUGUCUAUAUUAUAUAUUUGUUAUUAACGUAUAUUCCUAUUGUUGUUGCUGAUUAUUUUUUGAAAAUCAAAACUUUAAUUACGUGUUUUAUAUGGAGGUAUGUCUAUUUCUAAAGUAUGUCUAUUUCUAAAGUCUUAAGGAUUAUGUUUAAAAUGCUGUAAAGGUUAACUGGGUUAUUCCUGAACCCUUGAAAAAAUUUAUGUUGACAUCAUUGUGUCAGAAUUAAUCAAUAAACGCUUAAGAAUGAUUAAGGUGUAUGUUUUUCCAUAUUUAUUUAUGACAACGGAGUCCCAGGAUAGGUUUGUUGUUUAUUUUUCUUAUUUAUUCCAAAUUUAUUUUUAUGUUCAGAGACUUUCUUGCCCAAUAUCUCCCGUAUUUGCGAGAAAUCGAAAAAAAAAAACCAACAUUUUAGCAUUUGUAUUUAUUUUCGUAGCAUUCCUUCAUACAUUUGUUGUUUCUAUUUUAUAUGGUAGUGUUAUCUACAUGUAUGGAACAGAUCUGAUAUUUUGUGAGGGUGAAUGAGUAAUCUUAUAUUUGUAAACCUCAAAUUUCUGACAAAAUAAACAUAAUGACAAAUUCUUGACAAAUCAAUAUGAUGAGAAAUUUCUGACAAAUGAACAGGAUGACAAAUUUCUGACAAAUAAUCAUGAUCACAAAUUAUGACAAAUCAAUAGAAUUUGUCUUACGUUAUGCAAGUUGUUACAUGACAUGUUUUCCUUAACAAGUAAACUGUUUGACUGAGGGAUGGAAAAAAAUUGUAUUUUAGGGAUUAUAGAUCCUAAUGAGGCAGGUAUUGAGUGUUUUUUUUUUUCAAUUAAUGACAUCACAGUGUCACAUGACAAAAAUAUACUAAAGAUAGGUAAUCGGAAACCUAUCGAAAGAAGAACUCCAGGGCAGCUUCAGUUUCAUUUGGAUAUUAUCUGAAAUUAGUUGAUAUUUAGUGAUUAAUUAGGAAUAUGGAUUGGUUCAGAUUUUGAAUAUAAAAUAUACAUAACAAUUGUGUACUUCAUGGGACACAGUCUGUGACAUGUAACUGGUAGCCAUAUUUUAGGAUACUAAUAGAUUGUAGUCUUGUUUAAAUGUGCUAUUGUAGAACAAUACAUUUUGUUGAAAUAUUUUACAUGUUCAUGUUUUAUCAUAGUUCUUGUAUAUACAUAAUUUAAAAUGAAAUUCAAAAUAUGCUUGAAUAAAAUACACAAGUGCUACAUUUAGAAAAUUUAUGCUUUAAAAGCUUAUUUAUUAUUUACUUUUAAUUUACCAUGAACUUUGCUGAUAUUAAAAUUGUUUUUUUACCUUCACAUAUCAUAUGAUAUUGAUAUAGAAUACAAUUUUUUUCAUAAGACUUUUUCUCAUUGAUAUAAAUUGGAUGUAUAACUUUCAAACACCCUGUCUCUAAUACACUAUUAAUGAUUAGAUAUACUUAUAUUUAGUAACCAUGUAGCGAAAGGACUUCCUCCAAUUGAAUACAUUUUGUUAAACGAGUUCUUUAAUUUUCGUUUUAUAGUACCAUAUGAGUAUUGUUAACAUGUAUUGUGUCAUGAAACUGGACAAAAUAAUGGAAUCUCAUUUUUAUGUUAAAUGUUGUUUUUUUGUGCAUCUUAAGUUUUAUGUCAGAUGUAAAUUUUUGGCACCGUAUGUUUUUUGGCAUAGAAAGUUUACUGUCAAUGGCAGAUGCUAUUUUUGUGUCAAAAUAAUGUAAGAAUCUAUUUUUAGCAUAGAAAAAUGAUGUCAGAUGCUAUUUUUGUCAAAGAUGAUAACAGAUGCUAUAAUGACAAAGAAUAGUUGAUGUCAGAUGUUGUUAAGC